GUUACAAAUUGGUUAUAACAAGUGCCCAGCUAAUGCCACCAAAGCAUAUAAUAUUAUGAUAUUAAGGUCAUAUUAUUUGGUCAGCAAAUGGAAAGUGCAGGCCUAGAUGAUGUGUGGGUUGAGUCUGCAAUAUUUGGACAGAAUGCUGCCAAGUCAAUGAUGGAUGGGAAACAUUAUUACAGGGCUAUUCAGGGACAUAUCUGGGCCUAUGAAGCACUUAGUCGGAUCAAGUUUGAAGCUUUCUUGGAUUGGAUACAACAGCAAAAUCCUGAACUCCAUCAGGAACUGGUUGUGCAUCCAUCAGCAGUAUCAGCAUUGUUCAAGAAAAAUGGUACGAGAACCCGAGAACCCGAAUGCCUGUUGAAUGCUGUGGCUGAAUUCAACGAACUCCUCGACCGUACAGAAUAUGUAGAGAAAACUGACGAAUUCAACACCAUGCUGAAGCAGAAUCCCAACAAUGCCUUCUGGUUGAAGUACCUUGAGAUGGUGGAAAUACUCUUCGCAUUCGUCCGCGCUAAUCGAGAUGGUGAUUGGUUGCUCCAUCUUGAUUCGUUUGCCGCAAUGUUACCUUGGCUGACCAUAUAUGAUCAUGUCAACUAUGCAAGAUGGGGUCCUGUUUACCUCGCUGACAUGAAAGGACUCGCGCAGACCGCACCAGAAGUCCACGAAGAAUUCCUGGCAAGGAAUUUCGUAGUGAAACGACACGCAUGGAGAUUUAACCAAGUUCCAGUAGAUCAAGCCACUGAAUGGGUUAACAAGGUAUGCAAGCUCUCAAAUGGUAUAAUUGGCAUCACUCGGAAUGACACGGCAAGGGACAGGUUCUGCACAACUUGGUCUGAAAGGUCACAGAUAUCAGAUGACACCCUGCAUCUAUUCAGUCUUCGCAA